AUAUCAGUUUUGUGAAAUAGUCAUGUUCUUUCUUGUAGAAAAAACUUUCAGAUUUUAAAUUCAGUAUUUUAAUAAUUAGGAGAUUUUUAGAAAAAGCAGUUGGUGCGAAAAGGCGCAUUGUAUUCUCUUUUAGUACUGAUAUCGCGAGACGAUUAUCGAGUCAAACUGAUUUAUGAAGUGAUUUCACUCUUGCUCAGAACUUGCAGAUUUUCGUGGCAAGGAAAAAAUGCAGAAGCAAAUCCACAUGCGAUUACAGUUGGUGGUCUUAUUGAAGCACCUCUAGACGUUGUACAGUGGAUGAAUGAACCAAUUUUCAUCAACAGAUUAUUCAAGCAGUUAAUGGAGUUACAUACUGAUCGUGCAGUGAUUCUAGAUACUAUAUUAUAUUUAUGCUGGGAAAAUAUUCAUUUCACAAAGAUCUUCCUGUAUAAUUUUUCGUUCGAGUCUUCAUGUACUUCCAAUGAAGUGAAAAAUGCAACUGCUGUUAUUGAAAGUGUUAUUGAAAUUAACGAUUCAGUACGAAAGGAACGACAACGUUUGGCUCUUUUAGGUUUUGAUAGUGGUUCUCAGAAGUACAAAGGUCUGGUACCGACAAUGAUUACCCAAAAGGAAAUUCACUCAUGGAAAGUAUAUCAUUUGAUUCGGACGCUGAUAAACGUUGCUUCGAACAAUCCAGGGAUUGUCGAGGUGCUGGCGGAAAACGAGCAAAUACGCAAUAAGUUACAUAAAAUGAAGGAGUGGUUGAAAUCGCAACUUGCUAUUCAAUCAGCGAAGCGAAAUAUGUAUGAUUACAGCAAGCGUCAUGAUGAUUUAGACACCUCCGCUGAGACUGAAAGAGGGGAUAACAUAGUUGAAAUUUAUGAACAGUUUUGUGAAUUUCUUUCAAAACUGUGUAAUCCGUUUGUGUCGAACUUUAAAUGUUCUUCAAGCAAUGAUCAUAGUCUUGGUAAAGACACUUAUCUCGAUGAUAUGUCGAGAACUGUACCUGAAGUUUCAAGUGAAGGAUGCUCUUCUUGCGUAUUUGGCGGUAAUUCACGAAUAGCUGGACCCUCAUUUGAUGAUAAAAACCACGAUGGAACAUUUUCCGCACGGGAACCAUCGAAAAUUACCCCUAAAAAAACUGCACCACUUAUUCCAAAAGAGAUUUUGGAAGAUUUAACGUUAGGAACAUCCAUAUCACUUAGUGAGAAACUACUGGCAAAUAUCGGUUUACCGCCUCCGCCAUCUUAUUCAGAAAGCGAAUCAACUAAUGUUUCUCAUUCAGCUUUGCAUCCUCAACAGCCAUUAUCACCUCACUGGAAUAUUUCAUCAUCAACCGAUGGAAUCCGUUCAGGUGAUUCUUCAGCUGAUUCCACGUCAACGGGUAUUGAGGUGGAAGAUGCACCACCCCCUUAUGAGCAAUUUUAA